AUGACGCUUGCGGCACGCGUUCAUGCAACAAAUCAUGGGAACAGGAUUGAGAUCGAGUACAAGAUCAAACAGGACAGAUAUAAACUUAUUGAAUACAGGGUAAAUUACAAGCUUCUCGAAUCUGGGCCUCCAACGUCGAAACCGCCUGCCCCCUCGGACCUCGACGAGGACCUCGAGAAAGACUUGGAACAAUGUCUCAUCUACUUCGAAGGAGAUCUGCACCAUGUCAAGAAAAGAAUCUUAACGCACUGGGAGAAUCUUGAAGACGUCUGCGACAAGAUUGCACGCUUCUUUGAUCCGAUUGCUCUUGCGGAUUUCCUUGCUUCCAUCCCCAUUCUUCCCCUCGGUUUCGAAAGCCUCGUGCGGUUGUCUGUAGUCGAAGAUGUCGCUGCUGAGGCUGCAUGGCACCAACCAGACUCGUCAACUCAGUCCGAUGCAAGCGAUGAGGAGGCACCCGACGAGGAAGAUUCCCAACCGAGUGGAUCGGCAUCCUCAGCUAGAAAGAACUCGAAUAUUCGCUCUCAGUCAUGUUGA